AGCUGCAGCAAUUUUGGUGGGAGUUUGCAUGGGGAUGUGGCCGCUUGAUCAGGUGUGCCAUGCGCGUGGACGCGGCGGAGUUUGUGCCCCGAGUGCCUGAGUCGGCGCGUCCCCAGCUGUCAGCAGACACCCCGGCCUUUGUGCCCAAGGCCCAUGCAGCAGAGCCAUGGGUGAGCAAGCCCGAGUGGGAUGCGGAGUACACCAUCUUCGAUGAGGAGAGCUUCCUGACUCCGGAAGUCCUCGGGUCCACGCCAUCGUCCAGCCGCGGCGACCGGUUGGAGGACGAGCCAACGCUUUCCUCGUCCAUGAGCCAGGCGAGCGGAGGCGGCAGCCAGGAGAAGUCAGGACCAGUGGCGGGGGCUCUGAGCACAAAGAAGCGGCAGCUGUAUUGGACCAUCAGUGACUUGGAUUG